AUGAAUCAGUGGAUAAAGAGUCUAUUUCGACUGACACACAACAAACUAGACCAUAUUCCUUCCAACUAUGAUAAAUUAACAAGGCAGCAACUGAUAGCCAAGAUAAUAGCACUUGAAAAACAACAAAAGCAUACGACACUUGAGAUCAACAAGAUCCGAAAAGAAAAGAAACCGUUUGAUAUUUCACACUAUGGACAACGUCGUAUCGCACUCAAAGUGGCCUAUCUUGGCUGGGAAUAUUUUGGUUUCGCAAGCCAAAACGACCCACUUGUGUCUACAGUAGAAGACCAGUUGUUUAAAGCAUUCGAAACCUGUCGGUUUAUUGAAAACAGAGAUGGUUGUAAUUUUACCAGAUGUGGCAGAACUGACAAGGGCGUAAGUGGGUUGGGUCAAGUUAUCGCGCUGGAUGUCCGUAGUUCGAACAAGAAAGGUGUAGCGCAAGAGCCCAUGAGCUACAUUGAGAGACUGAAUCGAAUUUUACCUCAAGAUGUUCGUAUUUUGGCAUGGGCACCCGUCAAUUCAACGUUUAAUGCUCGAUUCGACUGUCAAUCUCGUACAUAUAAAUACUUUUUUGAAAAAGGAGACCUGGAUAUUGACGCCAUGCGUCAAGCAGCUAGCUACAUGAUUGGAAAACAUGACUUUCGAAACUUUUGUCGCCUUGAUCCCUCCAAAAACAUUACAAAUUACGAGCGCACGAUUCUUUAUCUUGAUAUUCGUCCUAUCAGUCAUGAACUAUACGAAGUCGAAUUAAAAGGUACUGCCUUUUUGUGGCAUCAAGUAAGAUGUAUCAUGGCUAUUUUAUUCUUGACCGGGAAGAAAUUAGAAUCGCCUCAUGUAGUUAAAGACUUGCUGGAUAUAGAAAAGGUACCGGCAAAACCAAAUUACGACAUGGCAAGCGACUUGCCGCUGUUACUUUAUGACUGCGAAUUCAAAGAUAUAGACUGGAGAUACGCUAAUGAAGAACAAGAAGCAACAAAGAAUUAUUUGAUACCCACACCUGUUAGAACACAGCGCCAUUUUCGUGAGCUUUGGUCUUCAUCUUUGAUUAAAGCACAGUUAUACAAGACUUGUCUGGAACAAGUGUCUAAUGUUCCUUCAACAGAAAGCCAACAGUUUGUUAUUCCGUUAGGAGCAGGCAAAGUCCUUCGAACAGCUCACUACAAGAAAUUAUUAGACCGCCCUCGGGCAGAUUCAGAUCAAGUGAAAAAAGAAAAGUAUCGACUUAGACAAUUACGUAAAGAGUUUAUUGAUAUUAAAAACAUUUAA